AUGUCCAGAACAUCAUAUAUAGAGAGAAUAUACACGUUCACCUUACAUUGAAUUUCUUGUAAAAAAAAAACGUUUAUAGCCUUCUGAAAGAUAUAUGGUAAGAUCUCUUUGUGAGAUCAUGUGAAGAGUCACAUAUAAAGAAAAACAAGCAUGUAGAACAUAAAUGUUAUUGAUAAUAUAAAUACUUUUAGGAGACUGUGGAUUGAGUUUCUCUUGCUCUGAGAGAAUGUUAGUGUUGCGAUACAAAGUUGUCUUAUGAGGUGUUGUCGCUCCGUAAGUGUAUUUUCAGUGUGAGCUGAACUGCCGUGCUGAGCUGCAUGUCAGCAGAGAGCACUGUUAGAGGAGUGUGGAGAAAGAGAUCUCAGUAAAGACAGAUGUGGCUUAACAAGCAUUCCAAAAAAAACAAAACUGCACUUUCAACACCCUACCACUAGAGUGUGACAUUACAUUAAUUUACCUAAUGGUCCAAGGAAAGAGAAGAUCACUGAAUAAAAGUAGUAUUUUUUGCCUCUUUGUAGAGACGACCUGUAAAUCUGUUGAAAGUACUAUGUGUUAUUUUGGGUGCUCGUCUUCCUGUAUAGGGUUGGAGUGACGACUGAAGUGAGUGAGACAUGUGGGUGUGUCUUUUCUGGGAAGUUGAGAGUUGAAAACCACACCAGUCAGUCAGUCAUUCAGAGCAGAGAGAAAAACAUCUGCCAUGGCGACGUCAGGUCUUUACUCCGAACAUUUGACUUGCUCUAUCUGCCGAAGCAUCUUCACUGACCCAGUGACUCUCAUCUGCGGACACUCUUUCUGCCGGCACUGUAUCACAGAUGAUCACAGUGUGAACAAAGGCCAACAGUGUCCACUGUGUUGGAGAGCUAUUCCAGCAGAGGGGACAUGUCUUCAAACCAACCACAUUCUAAAAGACCUCUCUGAAAAGGCCAAAGAAGGAAAGAAGAUGAUGAAAACAAGAAUGCACGAGAAAGCAGAGGUGACGGAGUUGUGCCCUGAACACAAAGAAAAGCUGAAAAUGUUCUGCGUCACAGGUCAGCAGUUAGUUUGUACCACAUGCAGUGAUGGGGAGAAACACGAAGGGCACAAGUUUACACCAGUCAAAGAAGCAGCUGCACUUCUGAGGAAGAAGUUGGAGAAAUUUGGGCAACGCAUUGCUGAUGAUAUCAAUGCUACCGAGAGGCUGGCCAACACACAGAUGCAGGGGAUGGCAAAUACUGUCGACAAGGCUCAGCAGCUGAGGACCCAGGUCAGCAGACAGUUUAGGGAGAUGCACCACUUUCUGAGAAGGAGAGAAGAUGAGAUAAAAAAUGACCUGAAACACAAAGAGGAAAAUGAUCUGGAGGAAAUGAGCGACACAUUAAAUACCAUUGAAACUGUUAUGUCUGAGAGCAGAGUGCUGGAGGCAAUGGUAGCAUCUGUUCUGGAAAUCACAGACUCCGAGAGGUUCAUAAAGAGCUGGACUGAGAAUAACGGCGAGGUGACUCCGGAACAUUUAUUCAGACCCAGAGCCAGUGAGUUACAAGUGGUUAAUGCCUCGCUCUCUUUGGGGCCGUAUGAAAGUCACCUACAGUUCUUCAUGUGGAAGGAGAUGCUUCAGGUCGUUCAGCCCCGAGCAGAACUUCUGUCACUCAAAACAAACAGCACAAAUAUAACCAUAUCUGAUGAUAGGCGAAGUUUGAUAAGUACUCCUAAAAGCACACCAACGCAGUCAAGUCCUAUCUUUGAUCAUGACUUGAUCAACCGGCUUUGUCAAACCAUGACUCCCUCUUCAUUUUGCACCAUCAGAGCGAAGGGCCAAAACAUGACUGCUCCUUCAUUUGGCUCCUUUAGAGAAUUUGCCCAAACCCUGACUCCUCCUUCGGGUGCACUAACAAACCAUGCAUCUAGUGUCAAUGAGUUCUCCUCAGGGCAGUAUUACUGGGAGAUAGAUGUUGGGCACAGACACUAUUGGGAACUAGGGAUAAAAGAUAAUUUCCUAAAAUGCAAUGACCGAAAAUAUUCCACCUGUAGUCUGAAUGUAAUCACAGAGCUAUCGUUCACAGGCAGACCUCGGAAGAUUGGGAUUUACCUAGACCUCUCAUCCAAGAAGCUCACCUUCUACAAUGCAGACAACAUGUCGCUUAUAUACACUUUGAGCUGUAGAGUCACGUCCUCGCCACUGUCAGCACAUUUUAACAUCCGAUACAGAACACCAGACCCGAACCCCAUGACAGUGUGCUGGUACUGAAAUGUUGGCAACCGGAAAUCUUUGGAAAACACAAAGUCAAGAUAAAUUGCAUCAGUUGGAAAAUGUUGUAUGAUAUUCUCUAGUAAAUUCCCAAGAAAAAAAAAAAAAGCUGUUAUUUUGCAGUAAAUUACAACAAUAUUUCCAAGAACCAAUAGGAGGUAUUAUAGAUGCUAACUACAGAAGAAACUAUGAUGAAUGUAAACUUUACGGAUGUUUCACUGUUUCCAUUUGCUACUUUGACUCUGUCGGCCCACCAAUGACUGCUGUUGUGCAUGAGCGAUGAUUGACGUUCUGUCAGACACUCCUCCUGGCUCUGAUUGGUGGUUCAGAACUGGGAGCACUGGAUUCUUUCAGGUUGCAUUACAAGCUGGAGGUGGAGCCAGAGGAGGAACAUUUUCUGUCUCAUGUACCUGUGUCAGAUCAUAGUGAAAACUAUUUUGACAAAAAGUAAAAUUUGUUCCCUACUGCACCUUUAAUAUUCAUUGAUAUGUAUCUCUAUAUAGAUAUGGGUGGAACUUGUGGCAGUGGAAUAUGAUGUUCUGUACAGCUCUGAAUACCAGCUAAAUUAAUCUAUAUUUCUGAAUAUGAAAUUAGUUUUUAACCAUGUUGUAUGACUACAUAAUUUGUGGUAGGGCAAGUUUACUGUCGUACUGAAGAGGCUUGAUUUCAAUGUGUGAAGCUACUUAGCUUGAAGUUCAUCUGCUCCAUAGACAAGUCAUUCUAGGAGAUGUUUUAUGAAUUUGUGUUGAGCAGAGAAUUAAACAACAACAGAAAACUAUUAACAACUGUUAAGUUUUCUAAUAAUUUUAAGUGGACUCUGUGGGGGACUGGUGGGUACUCCAGACAGCCGGCAGGGGGCAGCAGUAGUUAACUCUGCUCACACACUACUUAGCGUGUAAGCACAACCACGUACAGUGGAGGAAAAUGUUAACAUUUGUAUGAUAAUCAUUAUAAUACAAAACCUUCUGUUUCUGAGGUUCACAGCAAGUGAUUUCGAGAUGUUGCCUAUUCUGACCUUUUUCGUUUUUUUUCCAAUUGACCUUUUUACUGUUAUUCCAUCAGGUCUUCCCCUGUGAUUGUGUUUAAUCAAUAAUUGUUAGACCUCUUAAUUUUGAUUUAGUGCUGCAUAAUGUUGCUUUUACACCUUGUAAUACAGACAUUGUAUUCAAUCAAGCUUUCACCUAUAAUCCCCUGGUUGUAGCUCCAGCCACAAUAUUAAGACUAUUUAUUCAGUGACAGCCAAUUUGCCCUUGACCUCUUGUACUUUAUCUUAAUAAAUUCCUAUCAGAGUAAACAAA